AUGACUCAACCAGCUCAGCCAAUUCGAAUUAUUGUACAACCCAAGGCACUCUAUCGUGAACGAUAUGGCAGCGAACAAAAUAAAACUGGAAAGCAAGUUCAACGUUAUAUUCGUGCUGAAGAAAACCAGCUGAAACUCGAAUAUCCAACUAUCGAGAGUCUUGCGGGGCAGUCUCGAAUAUUUUUUGGAUUAGAAACUGUUAUCUGGGCAAUAAGAAAAAUUACGGGAUGA